AUGGGAAACAGAGGAUGCACUGUUUUUGUGGGAAACAUAGACUUCAACAUCCCCGAAGAAACUAUAGUUGAAGAGCUUUCUUCUGUGGGGAGAGUCGUUGCUUUUAGGAUGGUCACUGACAGGGCAACCGGCAAGUCCAAGGGAUACGGGUUCUGCACGUACGAGUCCCCCAUUGUCGCAGACAUUGCCGUGAACAGGCUGAAAAUCAUGCUGAAUAACAGGGCAGUGAAAAUAAACUACGCCGACAACAACGCAGUCCCGCAGGCGCCUGCCGAGAGCAAGCUCGACAUAGACGGGAUAAUUGGGACACUGGACACGCUCUCCCCCGAGGAGACAAAGGACAUUCUCAAGCACAUGAAGCAGAUGGCUGUGAACAGGCCGGAGGAGAUAAAGAGCCUUCUCUCGGAAAAUCCGUCUUUGCUUUCCUCCCUGCUGCACAUCAUAUUUACGCUGGGACUAGCCCCGAGAGACGCCCUGGAGAGCCUCCUCAUGGACUCCUUCUCCACGAAGAAGCACGCAACGCAGAUACUCACGCGGAUCCUGCAGUACCACGAGUACGAGCUGGAGGAGCUUCCAGGGGAGCUGCAGGAAAAGGCCAAAAAAAUACGCGAGCGCCUCCUCCGGAAAUAG